AUGGAAGUUUUGAUUAAAGAAGGAGAUAAUCAGCAUAAUACUAGUAUUAAUGGUGAAAAUGAAAAAAAUACUUCAAAUUAUAAUGGCGAUUUAAAUAAUAACGAAUUACAAAAUGAAAUUAAUAAAAUGAUUGAAAGGAAUAUAAUAUAUUUAGAUAAAACAAAUAGCGAAAACAAAAAAAAAAAUACCAAUAACAAUACAACAGGGGUAGCUAAAUCAAUAAAUAAAAAAAGUAAAUUGAAAAAUAAACUACAAAACGAUAAAUUAAAGAAAAAAAUAAAAGCAGGAAAUGAUUUAGAAAAAAAAAUGUUAGAAGAAAUUAGUGAAAGAAGAAAAAAAAAUAAAAUUAAAAAGGAACAAAAAAAAGCUCAAAAAUUAGAAGGAGAAAUAAAAGUGGGAAAUAUGACUGUAAUUAAAGACAUUAAAAAAAUUAGAAAAUGUGAUAAAAAGACAAAAAAUAAAAUAUUUAAAUUAUCAUCUGAUGCUAUUCGUAAAAUUAUUAAAAAGAAAUAA